AACAUAAUUAGUGUACAUUUUCUUAUGUAUUGACUGUGAUUAAAUUAACUCUUCUCGUCUCGUGGACGGUUACUGUUAAUUUCUUUGGUUUCUUGAUUGUUGUUGUUGAUUAAAUUACUUUAAUUUGGUGGUUAAUUAAAGUCUAAUUGUUUUCUUUCAACUGUUGGUUGGUUAAUCUGAACCUAUUGGAACUUGAUUAAUGUGAUUGUGUUACUUUUUCGUAACAUUUGAUUGUCAAUGAUUUACCUUCAAUUCAGUUGAUGGAUUUAAAUGGUUCAUUAGUUAACUGGUUAAUUACAUGAUUUAGAGAUCGUUGGGACAAUUAGAAUUAUGUUUCUGAUGAGAGAAUUUUUUUUGGCCAUUGAUUAAAAUGUUGACAGGUAUUGAUUGGGAAUUUGAGAGAAAAUCUUAUUGACAAUUGGACGAUUGGUUUUAGUUUGAUUCCAAUUAAUUUCUACCUUGAUGAUUGAGAAAAUGUUGGAAUUAGUUUCUAUCAAUAUGAAUUUCAUAUGAUCCAUUUUCACCUAAAAAGUUUCACUUGAUCAUCGACUAACUGUUGAUACACUUUAAACUAAUUCCAAUGAAAAACCAAACCAGUAACCAGAAAAUUGAUGGACAAGAAUCGCUUUCAAAUCAAUAAUCUAAUCAAAAUGUCAAGUGAUUAACUACCAAGAAAAAUGUGAUUCUAAAUUAACCUAAAAAUAAAACCUAAUUCACCGGAAUGAGAGUCAACCCUUAAGGUGGAAAGUAAAGUAAAGAUGCUCAUGAGCAUGAUGAAUUCAAUGAGAACCAGAGAUGAUCAGAGUUGAAUUUGAAUCUUCCCUGUUUUCCAAGGGAUUUUCAUCUCUCUAUUUCUCUUUCCAGUGAAUCACAAUUCUCAUCAUUCUCAUCCUCAUCAUCUUCCUUUCAUCUGAUCUCAUAUCAUUUUCCUCCAACCAUCAGCAUGGUUAACCCUCCUCGAGAAAAUAUCAACAACAACAUAUCAACAUCUCUCAUCUUAUGGAUCAUUUUCCUAAUUCCAAGUGAUAAAAUCUCAACCAUUUUAGUUUAUUAUUAAUUUUGCAUUUGUGUACAUUUUAUAUUCUACCUGCAAUUUACCUGAAUUUCCAGUGGAAACAUUUACCUGUAAUUGUAACAACAAUUAACUCCAAAAGGUGACACAGAUUCACAGGUAAAUAUGUUUACCUGAGAAUUUACUCUGAGAAUUUGAGUGAAAAUAUCAAUCAACAAAUUCACACAUAUGAUUAUCUUUAUCCUGGAAUCAAAUUCAACACACCAAUUAAGCUAAAUUGUCACAAACAAAUCAGGAAAUUGUUUCUUCCAGCAUCAUAUCAACAUUUACCUUGUAAUCUAAUUAUUUUGUUUACAAUUACAUCCAACUCAGAAUUCAGGAAUCAUCAGGGUAGAUAUAAAGUAUCAUUUGAUCAUCAUCAUCAUGUUACUAAUCAUUUUGUAUCUCCUUGAUUCCAUCAAAUCAAGAAGUUAAUUGCUCUCUGUGAUUCUGGUACAAAAAGCCAAAUUGAAUCUCCAAUUAUUAUGAUUAAUUUAAACAACCACAACGGAUUUCAUGCAAUUAACUGUCAUAAUCAAAAUCCAUCAACCUUUAAUUAUAUAAUAACAAUCGUAUAAAUGUUUCUAAUGUUAUAUUGAUCAACAACAAUUAGCAUAAUCAUCAACAAUUAUCAUCAUCCCAAAGGGAAGAAGCCAAAUUAAUAAGAUAAAUUUGAUUUCUCAUCAAAAAAAAAAUAAUAUCUGUACAAUAAUUGACUAAGCAGAAAGAAAGAAACAAUUCCCAACAAUUAGAGUUAAUUGUUAAAUGGAUUUUCCUGUUAACAGUCAUACAAUUUUCCAAUCAAAUCAUCGUUCACAUCAUCAUCAUCAUCAUCAUCGAAAUCACCAUCAUUCCCAAUCAGUCCAUUCAUCUUCUCCCUCCCGUCAACCUUUACUACGUUCAGUUUCACCGGCGGGAAGUGUAUCAUCAACUCGAGCCUCUCCACCGCCAUCAAACUCCCUUGAGCCGAUUAAAACCAGCGGAGUGAUUUUGGGAGGUAAUAACAUUAUCGGUGGUAAUGGUCCAGCUAAUAAUGGGUUAACCAUGAACGGUGGUAACUCACCUGGAAGAGGAGGAGGAGGAGGAGGAGGAGGAUUAGGUGAGAGUGUAGGAGGAAAUGGUAAUGGUUCCAAUGGUGGAAAUAGUGGUUUACUAAUCAAUGGAAAUAAUAUUUUAAUCAAUAGCCAUUCAACUCGAAGUGUUCGUAAAUUACAUUUAAUUAAAGGACCAGAUGACCCACCGGACGCUGGUUUAACUCUUUGUGGUGGCCUUGAGGUGGGUCUACAUGGGACUAUUUAUAUCUCAAGGAUAGCUGAACAUUCAAUAGCUGAAAAGAUCGGCUUGGCCCCAGGGGAUCAGAUAUUAUCUGUUAAUUAUACAUCGUUUCUUGAUUCAUCGAUUAGCUGUCAGAAAGCAAUUCAUUUGAUCUGUACUCAAGAUGUUCUAACUCUUAAUGUCCUCUCAAGGUCGGAAGCGUUGACCUCCCACCGUCGACAUGCAACCUACCAUUGGGUUGACCCGGAGGGUAGACCAAUCUCUCCACCUCCACCUGAUCGUGAUUUAAUCCUAUCAACUGAAUCAGAAUUUGAUCCACUUCUUGUCGGUGAAUCGGGUUCAGGAUCACCUUCGGCAAGAAUCAAUUUAUCACCUAGAAGGCGAUUAUCAGCUCGACAAUCUGAACAAUUAAUACGAACGGUUCAGAUUAUAAUUGAGAAGGGCAUUAAUCCGGGAUUAAUGAUCCGUGGUGGCCUCGAGUAUGGACUUGGUAUCUAUGUAACUGGCAUCGAAUCAAUGUCGGCCGCUGAAAGAGGAGGAUUAAAGAUUGGUGAUCAAAUUCUAUCUGUAAAUAAUCACGAUUUUCAACAUGUUCUUCACGAUGAGGCUGUUGACAUUUUACGAUCUUCGCCUCGAUUAACGAUGAAAGUUCGUUACGUUGGCAAAAUACCGGCUUCCAAUGUUUCUUUAAUUCAUUCAUCAUCUUCUUCGUCUUCUGCUGCUGCCCAAUUAACCUCAUCCGAUGGAUCAUCUUCAUCUACAUCUCAUACUGAAUUUCCUUUUAAUCAUAUUCCGUCCUCUCGAUGUUCGUUACCAGAGACUUCACAUCUUCAUAGGCUCAAUCGAAGUCCUUGUGGUUCACAACGAACAAGUUCACCGGGUACAGGGUCACCUGGUUAUCGACCCAUCAGUGAACAAGGAACUAAUCGAGUAACACCGACCUUAUUGGUUACCGAAAGUGCCGAGGAAGAGAUUCUCGAAGAGAAAUUGAAUCAACUUUUACCAGAAAAAGAUCGAAUUACUUUUGCUUAUUAUCGAAACGAAUAUGAGACCAAAGGAAUGACCGUCGAUGCCUUUAUUGCCCUUUUCCUGGAGCUUUUAGAUACAAGAGAAAAGUAUUCUUUGUUAAAUCAUUUUCGUAUAAUAAUCCGUGAAGAGGAUUUGGAUAAAUUUGAUGAAUUAAUUUUCAAACGAGAGGAACAGUUAAUGAUUAAAUCGAAAGCUAAUCCAAUUGAAUCUGCUCAUAUGAUUGGUGGAGAUGAUGAAGAAUCAAGUGAAAAUUCAAUCUCCUUUGGUCAAGAGACAACAAUUCCUGGUAAUCAUCAUCAUGGUCAUCAGAUGACCUCUCAUCAUGGUCACUACCAUCAUCAUUCAUCAAAUGAUUCACCGCACACUAAAUCAACCAAACUUAAUUCAAUUCCAAUUGAAAAAAAUUCAUCUCGAAACGGAAAUGUUUCUGUACGAUUUAGACCGGAAAUUGAUUCUCUAUCACCAAUAUCAUUUACCAAAGAUCAACCAGUUCCUCGUCGACACAGUUCUUGUAAUCCGGAAAUCAAAUCAACCUCUAAUUUUAAUGAUUUUCUUGGAGUUCCGGUCAAUCUAGAUGAAAGAAGAUGGUCAAUCGCUGAUUCUCAUGAUCUACCCUCCAAAUACAACAAAGAAUCAGUUUAUGAGUAUCAUGAUAAUUUACGCCAACGAUCAUUGAGUGGAGUUGAAAUGAAAACAAUUAACUCAACGGGAAUCGUAGGAUCGGAUAAUCGUGAUAAUCAUAUGAAAAUCUCUGGAACAAAUUCAAAUUUAUAUCAUAGCGAUGAUAAAGUUCAUUUGGUUGAUGAGGAAGACGAACUGAUUGCUGGAGAUGACGAUAUGAUUAACGAUCGACAUCAUCACCAUCGUUCAUCUAAUCACGAUAAUUAUUCAUCUUCGAUAUUUCAAUCGCGAGUUCGUCGGCACAGUUCACUUCCAGGCCAAUGUUCAUUCAAUUCCACUGGUCAGUUACCAUCAUCUUCACCUUUCCAUUAUCAACCUCAUCGUAGUUCAUCAUUCAGAAUACCUUACCACAGAUCAGUUAGAGAGCCUGAUGGACGAUUAAGAGUAAUUGUUAAAAAAUCUAAGCCAAUCUUGGGAUUAGCGAUCGAGGGAGGAUCCGAUGUACCAAGUCAACUUCAGCCUCGAAUCAUAAGUAUUCAUAGUUCUGGAGCUGCUUUCGACACUGGCGAUCUUCAUGUUGGACAUAUAAUCCUUGAAGUGGACGGAUUAUCGACCGCUAAUCUAAGCCACGAACAAGUCGCUCAAAUGAUGGCGAUGGCUUAUUAUAAUACUCCUCAUAAAGAUCAUAUCGAAUUUGUUGUUAGAGAAAAAUCAAAAAGCGAAUUUGAUAUUCGUCGAUCAUCAUUCAUGCUAUUGAACAAUAGCUUCGAAUGAUCAAUUAACUUGAUUACAUAUCACCAAUCGAAUGAUCAAUAAAAAUCAAUAUUCCAACUCGAG